AUGGGGACCAAGUCCCACUGCCACUUCCUCAUUGGCAAGGCCAGGGCUGGCACCAAGGCCCCCACUUCAUCCACGGCACAUCAUAGCUCACCUGUGCAGAGUAAGCAGUGGCAGAGGGUGGGUCCACAUCCCACACUGCCAGCAGGAAGCUGGCCAAGCCCCCUCCUCCCUCUCAGCACCUGUGUCUUCUCCCCUGCCCACAGGUCAGAGGGCACCCAGCUCCCAAUCUCCUCACAAGGCAGCCCAGAGCCAGAAGCCAAGAGUGGUGAACCUGAGGAAAGUGGGACCAGAAGCCCAGACACCUCUCCAGAGGGAGCCUGGCAGUCAGACAGCAGCUCCGGGAACAGACCCCUGGACGAAGUGGACGGGCAGCUGUUCCGCUCAGUGGAAGGCCAGGCCGCCUCCGACGAAGAAGAGGAGGAGGCCGAGAAGUGGCAGGAAGAGCAGAGGUCACUGGCCAAGGUCAAGAUGCUGCUGGCUCGCCUCUCCAGCUGCAGGAGUGGGUGUGAUGAACAGACAGCCAAGAAGCUCGUGACUUACUUCGGCCACUUUGGCAGUGCUGACCAUGCCUGUACCCUGGGGGAGCUGGAGGCUCGCAUCGCCGUGCUGGUGGAGCAGCUGGGGACCCAGGGCUGCAGUGAGAAGACCCUGGGGACACCUGGGGAGGAGGCAGAGCUGCAGCGGAAGGUGGAAGAGAAUGAGCAGCUGAGGCUGGAGCUGCAGAUGGUGGAGACAGAGAGGGUGCGGCUGUCCCUGCUGGAGGAGAAGCUGGUAGACGUGGUGCAGCUCCUGCAAAGGCUCCGGGACCUGAACAUAUCGAAAAGAGCCCUGGGGAAGAUUUUGCUGAACACGCUGGAUGCUUGCAAGGACCCCACACAUGAGGGGAGAUCUGGACCCUCGGCCAUCCUGGACGCCCUGCACACGGCUUUGGCUGGCUGUGAGCUCUUGCGGAGAGAGCCCUCAGCGCCAGCCUCCACGGCUCCUGCACUCGCCAACCCCCUCCUCAUCUCCUGCUGAGGCCACUGGCCCAACCUGUGGGCACCUGGGUCAGCCCGACCUCCAUCAGACCAGCCUCCAUGUCAGCCUGACCAGCAGGCUGGAGACCCAGACUCCUUGUGAGACUGGACUUAACCCCAGAGCCUCCCACGACAGAGCCUGACAGACAUCCUUUCCUUUCGUUCCUCACAGAUUCCCUUGCGUUCCUGCUGCCAGAGUUCACAUUCAAACCCUGGGGCUGCUGGAUCAGCCCAUACCUGCUGCUGCUUCCCCUGCCCUCAGUGCAGAGUUGCCUACAUUCAUGCACAAACCGGCCCAGAAUCCCCUCCCUGGACUCCUGGAGUCUUUUCCCCUUCCAGCACUGCCCCCUUCCUGUCACCCAUGUGCCUGAUGCAGGCACACUGUGCCCAACCUCCAGGCCACACAGGCUGGGGAAAAAUAAGGAGGGGGUGAUCACUGCAGGCUUCCAGGUAGAGGCUGCCCUUGAACUAGCUCUAGAAGAGAGGCAGGAUUUCGAUGGACAGAGAGGGGAGAGAAGGACAUUAAAUGCUAAUGUGAGGAAACAGCAAGAGCAAAGAGUGGGGCCAGAAAGGGCCCCCAUUAGUACAGUACCUGGAACACCUCUUUCACAAGCAUGCAGUGGGUACUGGGUUUCAUGCAGUCACAGGAGAGAGUAAGACAAGCUGCCCGUUCUCACCUACCUUAACAUCUCAUAGGAGAGAAAGAUACGUUGGCAAAUAGCGCAACAUGCAUGAAAUCAGCGCUAAAUCAAGGUAAAAUAGUUACCCGGCAGUCCAGCCUAGAGGGGUUCAUCCGAGCCAAGGAGGGCAGAUGCACCACAGAGGGGAAUGGCAGGGGUGAGGGCAGGUGCCUGGGGGGACAGUGGCAAGGUCGGGGGUGGGGGAACCCAAUAGCAGAUGAGGACCCGGGACUUACUUCCACAGGCGAUCAGGAGCCACUGGAGGAUUCUGAGCUGCCCCAUGGAGCAUGGAUGGAGAGGAGGGAAGAAGAGGCAGCUGCAGGUCCGUGGGAGGAAGGCGGCACCAGCAGCUUGGGGCCAAAGCUACAGGGACACAGAAGGGGAUCAUGGGAGAAGGAGGACCAAGGGGUACCCAGGGGGAGCCUGGGAGCAGCAGACACUCCGGGGCAGGGCAGCAGGGACUGGGGACAAUGACCGACCUCCUCUCUGACCUCAGACACUCAGCACCUUGGAUGGGGCCAGAAGGCAUCAGGGAGCCACUGCAGGCUCCUAAGCAGGGUGACACAGGCCCCAACCCAGUUUCUCUAUGGUUCCUCUGGGAAUGGAAGGAAAGAGACCAAGGCCAGUGGCCAUUCCAGGGGGCCACCUCACCCCUGGUCCUGUCAGAUGAGCCAGGCUUUUUUGAGAAGGCCCCUAGGGCUCUUCAGGGGCCAGUGGGCAGGGAAGAGCCUUGAGGAGGCUGGUCUGAGCCCUGAGGAGGGGGCUGCCCCCAACUUGCUCCUCUCAGCUCAGCCUGAGCCCACCAGGCCCGCCUCCCUGGGCUGUGCUGCUGACUGCGUGACCCAGGUUGAGCCUCACCUGUGCCCCGCCCAGUGAGAAGGGCCAGCUGUUCUGUAUCCUGACCAUGGCAGCAAGCACAGGACGCUACACGUGUGUUAAGAUUCACAGACCUGGAAGCUGUCCUCAAAAAAGUCAACUUGACCGUUAUGUUAAUAAAACCCAAGAGCCACCGGAAGACACAUUCCUACAGUGCCUCUAGGUCUAGCCACCUGAAAUCUGCAGACAGAGGCACAGAGAGCUCUCAUAGGUUACAGUCACAGUAAGCUUCAUCCUCGGGAUGUCCCUCAUUAAAAUCUGCUCUUACCAACUGACCGGCCAUCCGUGGUCCAUCACCGCACUUGUAUGCCCCUCAGCUCAUUGGAGGCAAGUUGAGGUGGAUUAGGAUGGAGAAGUGCCCAGAGAGCGUAGGUGAGCUACCCAGUAAAUCAGCAUCCAAGCUUGGAGCAGGCCUGUUUUCGGCCCGUAUUUCAUGUGCUUUCUACCACAGCCAGCUGUCUCUGGCUAGGAAACUCUGGGCUCACUAAGGGUUUGGGGUCUGGAUUAGUUAGGGUACAGGCUAAAUUGCCUUGAUAAAGAGACCCCAAAAUACUCUGGGUCCAAGAGGAUAGAACUUUACUUCCCUGCUGUAAGAAUCCAAAGGUGCGUGGUCCUGGUUGGCAGAGCAGCUCUGCUCUAUGUGGUCACCCACGGACCCAGGUCCCUUCCACUUUGUGGCUCUGCCAUUCCGUAGAGUGAUGUCCUCCCUUGCAUGGUGGAGGCCAAUUCGUCAGAACUGUAUCUGCCUUCCAACCCAUAGGAAGGAGGAGAGGGGAAGGGAAGGAAAGGCUCUCUGGCUCACAAGGUUUCUACUUACACCCCACUGGCCAUGCCUAGCUGCAAGGGAAGCUGGGAGAUGUAGUCUGUGGCUGGGCAACCAUGUGCCCAGUUUCCAGUCCAGCAUGUAAGGAGCUUGGGAGUCAUCAGCCCAUUCUAAGGACAAGUAAAAAGCUGAACAAGCUGGAAAUUCAACAAAUCCUCUUAAAUCCAUGAACAUCACAGGACAAAGGCUGCCCCCCAAAUUGGAGAGACAGACUGCCGAAUGCAGAGAAUCACAACUUGCCAAAGCAGAAGCCACCUUCUCAGGAACUGGUACCAGAAUAGGAAAAGCUCAACUGUGAUUGACAAAUUGGUGGCUCAGUGUGGACAAGUAUGAGAGUUAAAAACUCCAGGGUGACCCAGUCACGGAAGGGGUGGAGUCCCACACCUUUGUGAGCUUUACGUUCUGAAGCUCUACCAGGUCCUUACAGUGAAACUCAGAGAGGAAAAAAACCUGCUUCUCACAGUAGAAGGGAAAGUAACCAUGUUGAAAUAUGCCAGAACACUCUGCUUUUCUUAACAAGGCCCUUAAGAGAAACUAUUUUGCCAGAGCUUAACUUAUUGGGGUUUUAUCAGAGCCUAUAUUAAUUUUAGACAGAGCAGACUUCAGAAAAGGAAAAAUGUUGAGGCAUUAUGUAAUGCCUCUUUUUAUAAUGAUGAUAAAGGGUCAGUUCUCCAAGAAGACAUAACAAUCCUUAAUGUAUAUGCGCCUAACAAUAGUGUCAAAAUAUAUAAGGCAAAAACCAGUAGAACUACAAGUUGAAAUGGAUGGAUCCACUAUUAUACAUGGAGACUUCAACUCCCCUUUAACAGAAAUGGGCAGAUCCAGCAAGUAUAAAAUCAGUAAGGACACAGUUGAACUCAACAGUACCGUCAACCAACUGGAUCUAAUUGAUACCUAUGGAGGACUUCAUCCAGAAAAUACAGAAUGCACAUUUUUCUCAAGAUCACAUGGAAUAUUCACCAAGAUAUACCAUAUUCUGGGUCAUAAAACACACCCUCACAAUUUCCAAUGUGUUCUGUAUGCUCUCAGACCAAAAUAGACUUAAACUAGAAAUCAAUCAACAAAAGUAGGUGGAAAAUCUGAAUAUGUAGAAAUUAAACAACAUACUCCUAAAUAACAUGUAGGUGAAAGAACAAAUCUCAAGGAGACUUAAAAAUGCUUUGAACUAAAU